GAGAUUUAUAAUUGGGCUAAUAGAACAGACAGACAAGAUAAGCGAUAUAUUUUCUGGCUAAACGGCCUAGCUAGAACGGGAAAGUUAAUAGUCGCCCGUACUAUUACCCGCAAAUAUAAUAAGCAGAAGCGUCUUGAAGCCAGCUUCUUCUUCUUAAAGGGUGGCGGAGAUAUGAGCCAUGUAGUUAAGUUCUUUAUGAGUCUUGCCGUAUAG